AUCCAAUCGCUGCGAUGGAGGCGGGACGUCGGUGGCCAACCGUAUUGCGCCUUGAGUUUUAUCGCGUCGGAGGCGGGACAUAGCCAACCAGUUACGGCGAGGGGGGCGGGGCUUACUUGAGAACAGGUGGGUUUUGAAACACCAACGCCUGCCUCAGCAGCAGCGCCAGCAAUGAUGGAAUUGAGGGAGGCGUCCUUCCUCUCGGACUAAUCGGAUGUUUUUGUAUUUAUUCACAGUUUUAUUGAAAUCGGGGAGUCUUUUCUUAUCGUCGUGCGGUCGUAUACCUUCGAUUGGACGGUGAAAAGAGAUCAGCUUGAUCGGUGGAUUGAGAUUUACCUCAGAAUCCUGCAUAUUGAUCUGGUUAACGCUGACUGGGACUGGGACUGGCGCUCCGUGCAUGGAAAUACAAAUUAUAGGCAUUAUUAAUAUAUUUAUAUAUAUAGGAAGCGCGAUGGGCUUGGAGCUUUCUGAGCGGUUGAAAUAUUGGAAAUCGUGAGCCGCACUGAGCCUGUAUAUGUUUUAAAAUAUAUAUUAGAUGGGGAAUAUUGUUACGUUAUAAUAGUGCAUUUCUAUACUAUAAUAACCCGAACCAGAUAUUAACAGCGUCGUGCUUUUUAGACUAUAGCGACUGUUUUUAAGUAUUAGUAUUAAUUAGCGUUAUUAUACUCUUCUUAUAGUUAUUAUAUUGUUAUUAUCUUUAUUAUUGUUCCACAUUGUAUGCAGGCCCGUUUUUUUCCCAGGGUGUUGUCGUGGCGCGUGCGUGCGUCUACAUUAUUACCAUUAAACCCACGCCGCAACCCUUUUAAUUGAUUAACAGUAGUAAUAAUAGCUAAUAAAAUCAAUCGUCGGCAUUGGUCUUAAUUAGCGGUUAUCGUUGUUUGUUGUUUAUUGUUUAUUAAUCUGUUCUGACCCCACAUACAGAAGGACGCGGUGCAGGGAAUUAAAUAAAUAAAUAAAAUAAAGCAAAUUAAAUAAAUAUAUACGAAUAAAAUAAAGACGGGGUCGGAAAAAGAAAAUACUCAUCUCAAGCCCAAAUCAAACAAUCAACGGAAAUGUGAUUAUCGCUAACAGGCUUAAUAUAAACAUUAAUCGCAGUCCGCUCUUCCGAUUGAAGCGAUCCGAAAUCUCCGAUCAAACGGAUCGAUAAGGUGAUCGGCUGGCUGGCAGGAGAUGGAGGUGGUCCCGUGAUCAGAGGGUGAGGGUGGUACCCGGGGUGGUGCUGGGGGGUUGCUGAGUGGUGUAGGUGGGGUCGGGGCUGGUUGGGGUCUGGUUUGGUGUGUUCCUGCCUGGAAGAUGGCAGCUUAUUAAAAAUUAAUCUGUUACGCAUCGGCGCGACGAACAGAAGAGGAGAGAAGAGGAGGAAGAGAAGAGAAGGAGAGGAGGAGGAGGUGGAGAGGAGGAAGAGAGGAAGGAUGGACGACAGGCAUUGAAGCCCCAGAAGGGAGGAAACAGGAGCACCAGAAGCUUCGUCUAAACCGAGAGGGAAUCCGAGUGGCUGACCCCGCCCACUCCGCCUGGCCCCACCCUUUACCCACCUGUCACCAUGGCCCUGUCUCUAUGGCUGCUGUGGAUGUGUGCUUCCACGCUUAGCAACAUCGCCCCCUCUGAACAAGGUCUGAGCAGGGCAGCCAUGCCGUUUGGUCUGAUGCGAAGAGAGCUGGCGUGUGAAGGCUACCCCAUAGAACUCCGCUGCCCAGGAAGUGAUGUCAUCAUGAUAGAAACGGCUAAUUACGGCCGAACGGAUGACAAAAUCUGCGAUGCAGACCCCUUUCAGAUGGAGAACGUCCAGUGUUACCAACCAGAUGCCUUCAAGAUCAUGUCUCACAGGUGUAAUAACCGGACGCAGUGUGUGGUCGUUGCGGGCGCCGAUGUGUUUCCUGACCCCUGCCCCGGAACCUAUAAAUACCUGGAGAUCCAGUAUGAGUGUGUUCCCUACAUUUUUGUUUGUCCUGGUACUCUGGUGCGAGUGCUGGAUGUUAGUUCGGUGAAGGAGGCGGAGCAUCAGUCUGGAGCCUGGUGUAAAGACCCCUUGCAGGCGGGUGACCGGCUCUACGUCAUGCCCUGGACCCCGUACCGCACGGACAUGCUGUACGAAUACGCAUCCUGGGACGACUAUCGGCAAAACAGAGUCACCACCACAUACAAGUUGCCGAGUCGAGUGGACGGGACGGGUUUCGUUGUGUACGAUGGCGCCGUGUUCUACAAUAAAGAGCGAACGCGAAAUAUCGUAAAGUACGACCUGAGGACUCGUAUCAAGAGCGGAGAGGCCAUUAUCACCAAUGCCAACUACCACGACACCUCGCCCUACCGCUGGGGGGGCAAGUCCGACAUCGACCUGGCCGUGGACGAACACGGCCUGUGGGUCAUUUACGCCACGGAGGCCAACAACGGACGACUGGUGGUCAGCCAGGUGAACCCGUACACACUGCGGUUCGAGGGGACAUGGCAGACGAGCUUCGAGAAGCGAGUGGCGUCGGACGCGUUCGUGGCAUGCGGUGUGCUGUACGCUGUGCGUUCGGUGUACCAGGAUGACGACAGCGAGGCUGGGGGGGACCUAAUCCUGUAUGCCUACGAUACCCGGCGUGACGCCGAGCGCCCCGUCCACAUCCCCUUCCCCAACCCGUACCAGCACAUCUCCUCCAUCAGCUACAACCCCAGAGACAACCAGCUCUACGUCUGGAACAACUACAAUGUCCUGAGAUACCAGCUGGAGUUCAGCCCGGCCCAGCCCACCAACGAGCCCCUCUCCACCCCUCUCCUCUCUUCAUCCCUCUCUCCUCUCUCCUCCACCGUCUUCCUGUCCUUCAGUCCCUCGCCCCCACCCUCCGUCACCUUUAACCCCGCCGGGGCCAUAAACCGAGCUCCGGCUGGACGACCCUUCACCGCCACCGUCCCGGUCACUGUCCGGCCACGCCACACACAUACCCACACACACACUCCUCACACUCGGGUCUGUGAGGGCCGGGUCAGCCGAGGGGUCCAGUGGCCCCCGACCCACAGAGGAGAGACGGUGGAGAGACCCUGCCCUAAAGGAUCGCUGGGUAUCGCCUCCUAUCACUGCAUGGCUGAUGAAGUGGUGUGGAACCCUCGUGGUCCUGACCUCAGUAACUGUACAUCACCCUGGGUCAGCCAGGUCGCUCAGAAGAUAAAGAGUGGGGAGAACGCCGCCCACAUCGCCGCUGUGCUUGUCAAUCACACUCGGGGACAUGUCUACGCUGGUGAUGUCACUUCCUCUGUCCGUCUGAUGGAGCAGCUAUUAGACAUCCUAGACUCGCAGCUUCAGGCUCUGCGGCCGGCCACUAAAGAUUCAGCAACUCGCAACUAUAAUAAACUUCAGAAGCGAGAGAGAACAUGCAGAGCGUUUAUUCAGGCUUUAGUCCAGACGGUGGAUAAUCUCCUGCGCUGGGAAGCUCUGGACUCGUGGCAGGACAUGAACGCGACCGAGCAGUCCCACACGGCCACCAUGGUGCUGGACGUCAUGGAGAAAGCCUCCUUCCUGCUGGCCAACAACCUGUACGAGGGACGCUUCAGCGACCGGGCGCCAAACGUGGAUCUGGAGGUGUAUGUUCUGAACACGGAGAUGGACAUCAGAGACCUGUUCUUCCCUCACUCGUACGACAGCGACAGCACCAUCCAGCUCCCCUCGGCUACCAUCAAACAGUACAGCCGCAACGGUCAGGUGAAGGUCGUCUUCGCUCUCUAUAAGAAUCUAGGCUCUUUCCUGUCCACACAAAAUGCCACAGUGAAGAUGGAGGCGGAGGUAAAGCCAGGGGGCCGUAAACUGGCAGUCAAUUCACACGUAAUCUCCGCCUCCAUGAAUAAAGAAUCCAGUCGUGUGUUCCUGACCGAACCGGUCACCUUCACGCUCCGACACCUACAGUUGGAGAACCACUUCAGCCCGAACUGUUCGUUCUGGAACUAUUCAGAGCGUUCAAUGACCGGACAAUGGUCAUCUCAGGGCUGCAAGCUGGUGCACACCAACAAUACCCACACCACCUGCUCCUGCUCACACCUCACCAACUUCGCCCUGCUGAUGAACCACCAGCAACCUGCUUAUCCCGGUGGAGUCCAGGGUCUCAUCCUCUUUGUGAUCACCUGGGUCGGGAUGGUCAUUUCUCUGGUGUGUUUGGCGUUGUGUAUUUCUACCUUCUGCUGUUUGAGGGGUCUCCAGAGCGACCGAACCACCAUCCACAAGAACCUGUGCCUCACACUCUUCAUCUCCCAGCUCCUCUUCCUCAUUUGCAUGGAGAACAAACACUACACUGUGGUUUGUCCGGUUCUUGCCGGGUUCCUCCAUUUCUUCCUGUUGUCAGUGUUCUGCUGGCUUUGUGUUGAGGCCGUGCAGCUCUACGUUCUUCUGGUGGAGGUGUUUGAGAGCGAGACGUCUCGCAGGAAGUAUUAUUACCUCUCUGCUUAUGGCUUCCCUCUGCUGGUGGUGGCCAUCUCGGUCGCCAUCGACUACAGGAGCUACGGUGGCAGUCCUAGAGCGUGCUGGCUCCGUGUGGAUAACUACUUUGUCUGGAUGUUUAUUGGGCCAGUCUCCCUGGUUAUCUUGCUGAACCUCGCAGUCCUGGUCAUCACUGUGCACCGGAUGAUCCGCCACUCCACCGUCCUCAAACCCGACUCCAGCCGAUUCGACAACAUCAAGUGUUGGACUGUCAGUUCGGUCACUCUGCUGCUGUUGGUGACCCUGACGUGGAUCUUCGGGCUGCUGUUCAUUAAUGAGAACAGUGUGGUGAUGGCGUACCUCUUCACCUCCUUCAACGCCCUGCACGGCCUUUUCAUCUUCAUCUUCCACUGCGCCCUGCAGAAGAAGGUUCAGAAGGAGUACGGUAAAUGCUUCCGUCAAUCGUCUUGCUGUGGCCACGCCUCCUCCACUGGAUCUCAUGGUUCCCUCAAGAGCUCCGCCCACCGGGGCAACAAUCGCUACUACAGUGGCAGCCAAUCCAGACAUGCCCCCGCACACAGACAGAGUCGUAUCAGGAGGAUGUGGAAUGAUACGGUUCGCAGGCAAACAGAGUCUUCCUUCAUGGCUGACCUCAAUAACACGCCAACCAUCAAUAGAGGAACUAUGGGUAAUCAUCUGCUGGCCAAUCCCGUGCUGCAGACUCGCUCUGGCUCCUCCCCUUAUAACACACUUUUGGCUGAAACCUUCAACCCGUCUUCACCAGCAGUCUUCAACUCCACUGGAACCUUCAGAAACUCAAAGGGCACUCUGUCCCGCAGCCGCGAGUCCUGUGGGUUGGAGGGAGUUCGUCUGAACGGAAACUACAACAACAGCUACUCGGUACACGGCGGCAGCUCCGACCUGCUGGGGGGCGUGCCUGUGGGGGCAGGGGGCGUGUCCGGAGAUGCUAGCCCUGCCCUCCUGACCCCCAGAGGGGCAGAGCCUCCAGGAACUGGAUUGAGGCGAAACCUUUCGGACGCUGCGGCUCUGGAGAAGAUGAUCAUCUCAGAGCUGGUCCAGAGUAACCUCCGCCCGGCUACCGACCGAUACGGAACCACGGCACCGGAACCGCCGGCGGAACGCCAGGACUUCCUGUCCUCAACUAUCGGACACAGUCACAGGGAGCCGCCACAGCGUCCUCUGCCCCGCCCACCACCGCCGCCUCCGCAGGACGAGGACGAACCGCUAUACAAGGCUCUGGAGAAGCCACGCCUACCGGAGAAGCCCCGUCUCCCAGAGAAACCCCGCCUCCUGGAGCAUGCUCAGUCCGUGUUCUACCAGAGUGAGGAGGACUCCGAAAGCUUCUCUGCAGAAAUCACGGACAGUGUGGGCGGAGCCGGACCUGACUCCUCCUCCCUGUACGCAAGGGACAGGGACUCGUCCUAUCCCGACAGCAGCCCCGAGGGUUUAGGGGCGGAACCUCGCUCGGCCCUGCCCCCGGACGAGCUGUACUUUAGCACGGGACGCCACGCCCACGUCUCCGCCUUUUACCAGCCCCCGCCACGACGGACCAAUGAGGAGGCUCGGCUGGGGCUGGAGCAGGCCCACGGCGAAGGAGACGGACAGAUGCAACUGGUGACGAGUCUGUGACUAGGGCGCUGGUGACCAGGACAUGGAGAUCUGGGGGAGGAAGAGCUGGUGUAAUUAUACCACCAUCAUCAUCAUCAACAUCGUCUUCAUGUACUCUACAGGAGUACAGAUCCUGAAGUUUAUAAAAUCCAUCAGGAGAUCUUUAUAUAAAAUCCCUUAGAAGAUCAAUUAGAAGAUGUUUUGGAGAUUCUUGAGAAGGACCUUUAAAUUGCCCUUUACAAAAACCUUUUAUAAGAUCCUUUUGUAGGGUCAUUUAGAAGAUCCUUUAGAAUAUCUUUUUAUAAGAUCCCGUAGAAGACCUUUUAGAAGAUCCUUUAAAAGAUUAUUUUAGGAGAUCCUUUUAAAUAUUGCUUUAUAGAUUAUUUAGGUGCUCCUCUGAGAGAUUCUUUAUAUCUUUUAGAUGAUUCAUUUCUAAGAUCAUUUAGGAUAUUCUAUAGAAGAUACUUUUGGGAGAUUAUUUAGAAAAUCCUUGAAGAUACUUUAGAAUAUCCUUGGAGAGAUUCUUUAGAAGAUCAUUUAGGGUAUAAUUUAGAUUUCUGUUUAGGAGAUUAUUUAAAAGGAUCCUUUAGGAGAUAUUUUUAAGGGAUCUUUUAAAAGAUUAUUUAGGAAGCCUUUUAGAAGGUCUUUAAAGGGAUCAGUUUAAGGGAAAUCUCCAGAAGACCAUUUAGAAGAUUCUUUAAAGAUCCUUGGAGAGAUUCUUUAGAAGGUUAUUUAGGAUAUCAUUUUAUCACUAUUUCUUAGGUCUUCAACGUCAAAACUUGGUAUAAAUUCUGCUAAUACAAUUAUUGCUAGACACCCAAUUUCUGAGAGACACCCAAUAGGAAUUUAAUAGUAAUUUCCAUUUUAAUUAGCAUUAAACUAAGCUAGUGAGACACUUGAUUACCCUUAACUUUCAGCCAGAACAAAAUACAGGACAGGAACCAAGAUUUAGGUCUAGAUUUGUAAAAUUAUGCGUAUUCUUUAUUGGCAAAACACCUUUUGUUUUGCAGUAUUGCCGCUUAUUCACUAGAAAAAUUAUGAUAAUCACAUAUUUGAAAAAAGCACAUCAACCAAGAACUUAAUGAUGAUGAUGAUGAUGAUGAUGAUGAUGAGUCCGAAUAAUAAGAAGAUGAUAACGAUAGCUUCCUCCUCCGUGUCUCUGUCUCUUGGUCACCCCCAACACCCACCCUGCCCAUCUCACUGCCAUUCAUACUCAACCUCUCUCUCUCUCUCUCUCUCUCUCUCUCUCUCUCUCUCUCUCUAUACUGUAUAUUGUUCUGACUGCCUGUAUUCUCUAUAUAUUCUACAUCUCUCUUAGUCUAGAUGAGUACAGAUAUUUUUUUUGGAGCUAUUUGAAAUACUUUUCUCUCCCAUCCACAAGAGGGCAGUGUUUUAUUAAAUAUCUACUGACUGUAGUAUAUCAGUUAUAUCAGGAAAGCAGUGUAAUAGCACAAUCCCUGUUUUUCCUGUUUAAAAUUAGCUGUUUUUAACCAAAAUCAAUUUUUUUUGUAUUUCUGCCGCCAUCUUCAAUUCCUAUCCACCUUCACUGCAUGCAUAUCCACCAAUCCCCUUCUUUACUUAUUUUUACCUGUGUAAACUCACCCAUACUCAGUCAAAUGUUUGGGCACACCCUAAAUAUAGUGUUUUUUUUUAUCAUUUUACAAUGUUCUGCACAGUAGAUUAAUACUAAACUCAUUCAAACUAUGAAGAAAAACAUAUGGAAUUAUGUAGUAAACAAAAAAAGUGUUAAACAAACCAUAAUAUAUUUUAUAUUUUACAUUCUUUAAAGUAGCUCUUCUUGGAAUUGAGGCUUUCAGUUAACAGCUGUGCUGAACUCAUCAAGAGUUAAUUACUUGAAUUUCUUGUCUCUUAAUGUAAAGUUUGAGAGCAUCAGUUAAAGUAAAGUAGUGAAGAGGUAGAGUUACAGGUAUACAGUGAAUAGUGAAUAUUUGAGUAAUGUUCGAAUCCAGAUUAUGAGAAGUAAGAACUACUCAACCAAGUAAAAAUAAAAUUGGUAACACUUUACAAUAAGGGUACAAUAAUUAACAGUAUUUACGACAGAUUUUAAUUUAAAUAAUGUUUAAUAAUGUCUUAAAAAGUGUCAUAAUGUGUCAGUGUAAUAAUAUAAUUAGUUGAGGGAUUACAUAACCAUAUACCAAUGUUUAUUACUGUUGCACAUACUGUUAAUUAAUGUACCCUCAUUGUUAAGUGCUACCAUAAAAUGACUUUAAGAAAAAAUAAAGGUCAAUCAAUCCAAAAAAAGAAGAAUUUUAAGAACAUUGAAAGUAUCCUCAAGUGCAGACACUGCUAGGACAAUCAAAAACGUUAUAAUGAUGGAACUGGCACUUAUCAGGUGGGCCCAGGAAAGGAUUGAAGAGAUAGAAAUUUCUUUGUUGUAAAGGAUAAGUUUAUCAGAGUUACCCAGAGUAACUUUUAAGUUGAUACAUGAUUUCUUAUGUGUUCCUUCAUAGUCUGGAUCACUUCUCUAUUAAUUUACUAUGUAGGAAAAAUAUAUAACAAUAAAAAAUUCACUGUAUUUGACGGUACUGUAUACCCACCAAUAUCUGCCCAAUACCUGUUCCUACACAACCAAUCAUUUUAUGGCGUAUCAUCCUUUAUUUUUGACCAUUUUAAGAAGUAAUCAGAACUAUCGUUCAUGUGGACAAGAAAUAUUUAAAGAAAUUAUUCCCAAAAAUAUCUGGAUUUAUCUGGAUGAGGCUUCGCUCUUCCAUUACCUCUCUCUAUAUUCUAUCUCUUUUUCUCUCUGUUCCCUCAGUGUUUAUCUUUCUUUUUUAUCCACCCAUUCUUAUCUCUCUCUUUCUUUUUUUUGUUUUUCUUUCUCGGGGUGGAGUGGUGGAUUAGCGUCCGAAUCCUUUUGUUCGUCCGAUUAUUCGUUUCCCGUCCUGAAGCCCCUUUCAGAAGAAUGUGAUACACCUUUACCAGAGACACCAGUUCAAAAAACAAAAAGAAGAAGACUUUUAACAUUGCCAAAAAUCCUUCCUUUGAAAGGGAAAAACACACAAAACACUCGUACACACAUGCACACAUAUAUACACACACACACACUUCUUUUCUUCGUUUUGCUUUCAGUGUCCGCUCACUGAAACUGAAAUCUUCACCAGUGGGCGGGGCUUGAAGAGAAUGACCAAUUAGAACCAGACUUUCUGUGAGCGUUCUGCAUUUUGGUCAAUCUAAACCAACAAAAACAACACAGGAACUAUCUGUGCUCGGACCUCCAGUGCUUGGACCCCUGUGCAUUGCCUCGUACCCACCGGCCUCAACCAAUCAACCAAGCUCGAUUCUGAGGCCCCGCCUCCUUUUUUGGACCCUGUGCCGGCCACAAGGAGGCCGUUCAUCCUGUAUCUCCUGUAAAUAGUAAAAAAAAGUCAGAGAACAAACGUUUGAGGAUGUGCUUCUUGUAUCUCGACGAAAACCAUGAAAUCAUAAAAAAAAGUUAAAGGAUAUGUAGAAGACCUUGGAUGAUACUGUCUCUUCUCUUCCUCUCUCACUCUCUCUCUUUCCCUCUCUCCCUCUGUCACUCUCUACCCUCUUUCUCCCUCUCUUCCUGUCUUUCUCUCCUCUUUCUCUCUUUGUUUUCUGAUCUUCCUCUCCGAGCGGGUGACAGACGGACAGGGUUUUGUUAAAGAGAAAGACGAGAAAUGUUUUGUAUAAAAAAAAAUAAAACCAAACAAAUGUGA